CCUCCUGUACUCUCACUCUUCCGCUUUGCUCCUCCUUGCUCUCGUCUCGUUUAACGAAAGGGCAAACGAAACCCCACCCAAAUCGCUUCGUUUCUCGCCAAAUCCUAGGGUUUGUCCGAUCUCCUCUCAUGGCCUCUGCUCCCAACUCCGGGGUUCCCAAGGUUCUACAAGAAUCAGAAGAACCACAAAGCACUGCUGAUAUGACUGCAUUUGUUCAGAAUCUCCUACUGCAGAUGCAAUCCAGGUUCCAGGCAAUGUCUGAGAGCAUUGUUUCGAAGAUAGAUGAAAUGGGAAGCAGGGUUGAUGAACUGGAACAGAGCAUCAAUGACCUCAAAGCCGAGAUGGGAGCAGAAACUACCCCACUCAAGGAAAGGCCAGAGGAAACCAAGCCCAAUUCUUCUGAAUGAGUCCAUCUUUGUGAAAUGCCGUAGAGAAGUGGCAUUUUGCUCCCUAAUUCUGCUUAUAUGUGUAUCCUUCAAUUUACCAUAUUCAUAUGAUGGUUUAGAUUGUCGAGCUUCUAAAACAUGAUUAUUGUAGAGGGCUGUUUGUAUAAUUUCUACUGUUAUUCUCCUUUCUUUUUUUCCUUCGUUGUUAUCUGAAGUACUUUGCAUGAACAAAUCUAAAACUCUUAACAACGAAGGAAAAAAAGAUUGUCAAGCUUUUUGAAUAUAUAUGACAAUCUAAAAUUAUUGUAGAGGGCUGAAAAUUAUAUCUGCAUUUUAUAAACUGGAUACGGCAUGAAUUUCA